AUGAGUACAAAUACAGCUCACACUCCAAUCAUCAUCAACAAGCGAUCAGAUGCUCAAAAAUUUGCUAUCGAUUUGUUGAUUGGUGGAGUUUCAGCAACAGUUUCGAAAACCGCCGUCGCCCCGAUUGAGCGAGUUAAAAUCUUGCUGCAGGUACAAUAUUCACAUAAAGACAUUCCUGCUGAUAAAAGAUAUAAAGGAAUUAUUGACGCAUUUAUCAGGGUACCAAAGGAGCAAGGAUUUUUAUCAUUUUGGCGAGGAAAUCUAACUAAUGUCAUCCGUUAUUUCCCAACUCAAGCUUUCAAUUUUGCGUUCAAUGACUUAUACAAGUCGAUAUUGUUGAAAAAUAUCAAACGAGAAAACAAUGUUCUCUCCUAUAGUGUUAGAACUCUUGUUUCUGGAGGUCUUGCUGGUUGUUCAUCACUCUGUAUAGUUUAUCCAUUAGACUUUAUCAGAACCCGUCUCUCAGCCGAUAUCAAUCAUCACACUAAUCGAGAGUAUAAAGGUCUGGUUGAUUGCACUGUAAAAACAGUACGGAACGAAGGAUUUAGUGCACUAUAUCGAGGAUUUUCUAUUUCACUUCAGACAUAUUUCAUCUAUAGAUCUGUUUACUUCGGUUUAUACGACGCCAUUAGGAACACAAUUAACACUGAUAAAAAGAAGCUUCCAUUCUAUGCCUCAUUUGCUAUUGCUCAGGGAGUCACUGUGUUGUCAUCCUACUUGACAUAUCCAUGGGAUACUGUACGGCGGCGAAUGAUGGUCAAAGGACAGCUGAGUACAUCUAAAGCUCUGGCAGCAGCAAAAAAGAUCGUACACGAGGAAGGAUUCCGUGGAUUGUACAAAGGAGCUUUAGCCAACAUUUUUAGGAGCGCAGGAGGAGCACUAGUCAUGGCACUUUAUGAAGAAAUUCACAAGCAUAUGUGA